CUUUCUGUUCGUUUGAAUGCUUGGGGAACCUAGAAGUUAUUUGUGGUUAGCUUCUGGUGGUGUACAAGUCACCGUUGGGAUUGGGCUCUUCUCACCUUCGUCUUCUCUCUGACCGUUGGGCACAACACAACAACAGUUUAUCGAUAAGCCCCUCUAUGCAUUGUCCUCAGGGGUGCUUUACCAGCCAAAUUCCCUCGACGUGAUUUGAAACGUUCAAGGAACUAUUGUGGUCAAAAUGGAUGUCUUUCUGGCUCGCCUGACCCAGCAGGCGAUGAACUAUGCCAUUCGCUCGGGAAUUGCGAUCACCGCGACCUAUGCCAUGCGCCAAUCAUCGCGCUUGCUCAAAAAUGUUGACGGCAAGGACCACGAGGAACUGUUAUCAUUACAGCAGCGUCUUGAGAGCAAGAUUCAGGUUAUCUCUCCGUCAAUCGACAUGAUCGAGCUAAUAGCUGCUCGUGGCAAUACGUCACUCGAGUCCGCAGUUGCCCUCACCAAAUCUCUCAGAUGGGACAUUCAGGCCCUCGGUCAACGGUUGGCAAAGGCCGCCGCGUCAGAAGAAGCGAUGAGGAAAGGAUCCAAGUCCUUAAAGGAGCGACCAAAUAACGAGGCUGAAAUCAAGCUCAUCAUCAAAGACAUCAAAAACCUCCUUGCCCGGAUUGAGGACGCAGUCCCACUCAUGAAUCUGGCCAUCACUACAUCUGGCGCUAAAUUAUCGACAAAUUUGCCAUCAACGGUGUCGCCAUCACGGCUUCUGCAAGCUAGCACUUUUCUAACGGCAGGUGACACACAGUACUCCAUGUCACAGUCCCUCGAGGCGCAGGCGGUGCAAAUAGGACCAACAUUUACGCUUUCGAUGUACAUGCUCUUUGCCAGUCAUCUCCGUCCUCAUGACGAGGAGUCCGUUCGGGAAGCAACCUGGAAAGAAGUCAUGCACAAGGCACGACUGAAGCUGCGCCGUGUUCCCAUGAAUCUCUACUACUCAGAGGUUCAUUCAAAGUCGUCACAGUUUCCAGCACGAGCAGGUAUCGAUGAAUAUGCUUACCAAGUCAUGAUCAUCGAGGACCUGGAUGAUGGGAGAGUUCACACAUUUGAAGAGAAUGAGCCUCAGCCUCAUAGCUAUGACGGGGUGGCUACGGCGGGAGUGAGAGAGAUUCUCCCAAUUCAUCAGAUUUCCAAGAUAUUUUAUGCGGACACGGGCAGGAUUCUCAAUAUUAGCACUGAAGGGGAAACCAACAAUCCUGUUCUUUUGCUCAAACGAGACUUGAAUGCACUACCUCCUCGUCGCAUGAUGGAGCAUGAUGAUGUCGAUGAUGAUCAUUCUCAAGGAGCAGAAGAUCACGAAUCGGUCGAUGAGGAGCAAGCGCAACUCGAUGCCCAAUUGAGUGGUGGUAGUUCAUCGGAUCAUACCAACCUCCAUUCUCUGCAUGAAGACUCGAUCCCGGAAGAGUGGCGCUUACCUCCAGGCUUAGAUCCGGAGUGGAUCGCCUUUGAAGUCUACAAUGAAGACGAAGAUUCAGAAACCGAGUCUGAGGCAGAGCCAGCAGCAGAAACCUCCAUUGAUCCUAACAUGAUGGCCAAGCUGUCAUUAAAGGACAAAAAGCAUUCACCUAGCCUAUCCGCCUCCCCAGCCGGUCGCCAUGACGUUUCACACGCGAAGGCAUCAGCACAACCCACUGCGACCACAACAACAGUUUCCAACCCAUUAUUCGAACACAUCCGCACAUCACUAUCGCUACUCGAAACCCUCCUCCGUCUGACCUCCCUUCAACAAUUCCAACAACAAUCCCACCUUUCAAUCAGUGAUGAACUCCUGAACUUCUUCCUUGAAGAGUCGUCUUCGACCGGUGCCGGUGGCGACGAACAACAUCGCCAGCGUCUACGGUCUGAAGCACGUCGUCGCGUCGGAUGGGAUCCAUAUGAUGAGAGCCCGGUCAAACACCGAGGCGAGGAUUACCAGUAUGGCUGGGGACCUGGUAGUCCCUCUGGCUUCCCACGAGAUGGCGAUGAGCUCUACUCGCCAGGCGGCGGCUCUCGAGGGUUCCAUAUUCGUUCUCGUGAAAACACUCCGGAGACGCCCCAUCAAAGAGGUUCGCCUAGUGUGCGGCCCAGUGGGCUAAGGGGCAUGACACCUGCCUAUACGGGUGACGCCAACUCAAGACAAAGCUCGCCUCUAGGGAGGAAGGCUGGUCGCGCACCCAAGGGUGGAGAUGUUGGGCGAGGGACGGCAGUGUGA